UCAUGUCGUUUCAUCUACUUUUCGUUAUAAGUGUCUUAUUAAUAAAUUGGAACAUUAUAUUCACUCUCUUAAGUAAUUAUUAUUAUUUUAAAAGUCUGUGAAACCUUCAUUUUUGUAGUUGUUAAGCGCUAAGCGUUAUACAUUAAGUACUUAUACACUUAUCGGGGAUAAUGAAACAAUGGAGGACGUUUGAAGGAUUCCCCGCCCAUACAUUCAAGACGCAAAAAACUUUAUCAUUUUCGAUAACGAUUUAAUAUAAUUGCCAGUUGUCUGAAUUGUAGAAAGAACUAAUUAAAUUAAAUAUUAUUUAGUUUUUCUGUAGUGCUGGAUCAAUUCAACUUGAAAAAACUUUUAAAAAAGCAUAUUUAAAUCGUUUAUAUUACGUACUACGCAGCAGAUUAAGGUGUAUUUAGAGUAUUAGAAAUGAUAAAUUGGAGAAAUAAAAAUUCACAAAGUUGGAGAAGGUCUGGACAUCGUUUUUCAAGCCAUGCACCAGGACCAAGAGAUGGACAAGGGAAUCCAUCAAGACAUGCACCAGUGCAAUAUGUGCCACUACAAAUUCCAGAACUUGAAGCUGUAGCAAGGAAAUGGGAUUCUAUAGAAGAAGAAAUAAAAAUUGAACAAGAUAUGAAAUGGAUCAAAAGCCCAAAUAAUUCUUUGCCAUCAUUAAACA